AUGGCCCCCAACAAGAAGUCCAAGAAGGGUUCCGACAAUAUCAACUCCAGGCUCGCCCUGGUGAUGAAGUCCGGCAAGGUCACCCUGGGUGUUCAGUCUACUAUGAAGACUUUGCGCUCCGGCAAGGCUAAGCUGGUCAUCAUUGCCGCCAACACUCCCCCUCUCCGCAAGUCCGAGCUUGAGUACUACGCCAUGCUGGCCAAGACUCCUGUUCACCACUUCUCUGGUAACAACAUCGAGCUGGGUACCGCCUGCGGUAAGCUUUUCCGUUGCUCUACCAUGGCCAUUCUGGAUGCUGGUGAUUCCGACAUCCUUACCGGCACCCAUUACCUACUGUCAUUGCUUCUAUACAAAGUCGAACCACGGGCAUUUCACCACCCAGCAGUGCUGCUGCGCGUUUUUCUCUACGUAAUCGGGACGGAGACCUUUAUCAAGGCCCCCCGGGAUGAUGGCGAUGUCCCAAACUCUGUGCCGUACGACCCCUUCAUCCAGCUUGAAUUUGUAAUCGAUCUGGGUAUGACGGCACAAAACGCCAUAGUCGCAAUCUAUCCUCCUAUCAGCAGGCGCGGAGACUUAUCGAAGACACCCGUCGCUGAUUACGCAGUCAGUCAAACCGGCUGGAUCCCACCCAAAGCGGAUCCUCCUGCCGCCCGUUCACUGGUCCGCUCGCUAGGGCUUAGGGCUUCGCCACUUUGCUGCUUGGAAAUCAAACAAUCCCGUGACCCGCUCGAUUUCCCUUCUUUUUCGACUUUGAUCCCUCGACACCCAACGACAACCAAUACCCAGUUCGCAGGAAGUGCAUAUCGCCCAUUUCCAGCAUUCACAAUGGCUCGCCGUCCCGCCCGCUGCUACCGCUACUGCAAGAACAAGCCGUACCCCAAGUCGCGCUUCAACCGUGGUGUUCCCGACCCCAAGAUCCGUAUCUUCGAUCUCGGUCGUAAGAAGGCCAAUGUCGACGACUUCCCCACCUGUGUGCACAUGGUCUCCAACGAGUAUGAGCAGCUGUCUUCCGAAGCCCUCGAGGCCGCCCGUAUUUGCGCCAACAAGUACCUUGUGAAGAUCGCCGGUAAGGAAGGUUUCCACAUGCGUGUCCGCGUGCACCCCUUCCACGUCAUCCGUAUCAACAAGAUGUUGUCUUGCGCCGGAGCCGAUCGUCUGCAGACCGGUAUGCGUGGUGCCUUCGGUAAGCCCCAGGGUACCGUUGCCCGUGUGAACAUUGGCCAGAUCAUUCUGUCCGUCCGCACCCGCGACUCCCACCGGGCCACCGCCAUCGAGGCCCUCCGCCGUGCCAUGUACAAGUUCCCUGGCCGCCAAAAGAUCAUCGUCUCCAAGAACUGGGGUUUCACCCCCGUUCGCCGCGAGGAGUACGUUCAGCUCCGCCAGGAGGGCAAGCUCAAGCAGGACGGUGCCUACGUUCAGUUCCUCCGUGGCCACGGCCUCAUCGAGCAGAACAUGCGCCGCUUCCCCGACGCCUACGAGAACGUGUCCCAGGCUUAG